GAUGCACAAUGAGGGAUGUUAGCCCUUCAAAAGGGAAAAUUUCGUUGGACAUAACUUAUCGCAGUGCAGGAUAUUACUCCAUUACAUUCCAUUAAUUUUCAUUUUUGCAGAAUUGUACUUGCUCUCUGCGUUUUUUUCCCAAAUGAAGGUCACCAUACGAGCAUGUACAGACAUGUAAACAAUUAAUGCGUUCCCUGGGUGACCAUCAACUUCCUCGGGAGGCAGUUAAGGGGCGCGUGUCCAAGGGCUAUUCCAAAACGCUGUUGUGUUUAUUUGAAGCCUGGAACAGCGGAAAGUUUGAUCACGUAAAGGUAGUCGCAACUCGCACGCGAAGUGAUGCAGAGUGGGGUUACGCGUUAUGGUCCCCGAGUUGAGAGGCCUUCCAGCUGUUGCUUCCCCCCGCGCGCGUUCGCGAAUUUAAAAAAAUUCCUCUGCACGACGGAUUGCCGCGCCGGUUGCGCUUCGCAUAACAUGUAUAUGAAUAUGCAUAUGUAUAUGUACAUAUAUAUGAAUAUUUUUAUUUUUUUAUUUUUUUUGCUUGUUCGCAAUUUUUCUUACCCCCCCUGCUGCUUCCCUCUGAACGGCGAUUUUUCCACUUCGUCAUCUACCCCCCCGCGCGACAAUUUUUUCCGCGGCAAGUUUGCCGAAAAGAGGUGAGCGCCAAAGUUCGGAAAAGCGAAAUGCGACGUGGGGGAAGAAGUAGCAAAAAAAGAGGGGAAGCGCGAAAGGAAGAGAGACACCGAAGGAGCGCAAAAGCGCAAUCGUGCAGACGUACUGCAUAGGAUAUAAAACAUGUCAUGAUGCCCCUCGGCCAGUUACCCCUUCGGUCAGCUACCCCUCCCGAUCUGCUAAAAAAAUGUGGAUAAACAAAAUUGGGAAUAAGAGUGCUUCCUUCAUAAACCACAAGCAUUUCCACCCAGGUAACAUUAAAAACCUCGAGAGAGUAUGGCUAGCUGAAGAAAAGGAAAGAAAGCGAAAGGAAGAAGAAGAAAAAUAUCUGAAGAAAAAGGAAGAGCAGUACAAGCUGUACGUUUUAAAACAGCAGCUUAAGAAGAAUGAGCAGGAAGAAGGAUGUAGAAACGACCCUCAGAAUUAUCUGUCCCAUGUUAACAGAGAAGCUAAAAGAGGAAGCUCAAAGAGAAAGGCCAACGGAGUGAAUGUUCAUCCGGGGUUAAAUACCCCAAAUGGUAACGAUGAAACGGAGACAAGCUGUAACAAAGUACUUGUCAAGUCAAAAUAUAGUGAAGACGUUUUUGUGAAAAAUCAUAGAGCCGUUUAUGGCUCCUAUUAUGACAAGGAGAAAAAGAAGUGGGGCUACAGGUGCUGCAAAUCUGUGGACAAGAAUGCUGCCUGUACGAACCAUGUACCUGAUGAUGCUACGCCAAAUGGUGCAGGUGAUAGGGCCGUUAAGAAGGACCUAAACAAGGCCAAAAAUAAGAAGAAAAAUAAAAACAAGAAAAAGAACAACCGCGUUGAUAACAGCAUAACGGCAGUUUUGAACAAAUUUUUGUGA